AUGUCACACGUAUCGCCCGGUUCACACUUGACACCUGGUUCACACUUGUCGCCCGGUUCAGACGUAUCGCCCGGUUCACACUUGACACCUGGUUCACACUUGUCGCACCUGGUUCAGUUCACACUUGGCACCUGGUUCACACUUGUCGCACGGUUCACACUUGACACCUGGUUCACACUUGUCGCCCGGUUCAGACGCAUCGCCCGGUUCACACUUGGCACCUGGUUCACACUUGUCGCCCGGUUCAGACACCUCGCCCGGUUCACACUUGACACCUGGUUCACACUUGUCGCCCGGUUCACACUUGACACCUGGUUCAUCGCCGCCCGGUUCAGACGCAUCGCCCGGUUCAACCUGGUUCACACUUGCCGCCCGGUUCAGACGUAUCCCCGGUUCACACUUGACACCUGGUUUACACUUGACACCUGGUUCACACUUGUCGCCCGUUUCAGACGUAUCGCCCGGUUCACACUUGACACCUGGUUCACACUUGACAUCUGGUUCACACUUGUCGCCCGUUUCAGACGUAUCGCCCGGUUCAGACGUAUUGCCCGCUUUCUGUCUUUCUGUCUGUCUGUCUGUCUGUCUUUCUGUAUCUAUCUAUCUAUCUAUCUAUCUAUCUAUCUAUCUAUCUAUCUAUCUAUCCUGUUCAUAAGCCUCUCUAUAUUACUCUUAAUUUGUCCAUAUCUAUCUAUCUAUCUAUCUAUCUAUCUAUCUAUCUAUCUAUCUAUCUAUCUAUCUAUCUAUCUAAUACAAUCUCUUGGUCUCUCUUUCUUUCUUUCUUUCUUUCUUUCAUUCUUUCUCUUUUGA